GGCGAAGAGGAGCGUCCCUCCGCCGCGCAGCGCCGAGUCUCGCGUCCGACUGGCCGGUCCCCUUCCUCCCGCGGCACAGAGCCUCCGCGCGGACGACCCCGAAGGGGGCCGGGGGCGAGGCUGGAACUUGGGGAAGGGCGACGCCUUGCGGAGUUGGGAAGUUAACUAGGGCGGGAAGGGGCGGCGGCGGGGUCCAACUCGUUCCGAGAAAGGGCGGUGGGCGCAUCUCGCCCGCGGCCGGCAACCCCUGAACUCCGCCGGGCCGUGCGCCCCAGGACUGGGCGUACUGGCCCGCCCGUUAGGGCAGGGCGGAUGGCGCUGGCCAGGCAGAAGACCGGCGUCCCGGGGGAGCUGCCGCUUCUCUCCCCCCCCCCUUCCACGGCGCCAUGCGUGCCCACACCUUCCCCAGCGCUCGUUGUGCCAGCGGCGCCCAGAACGUGCUGGGGCAGGCAAGUCGCUGAUGGCAGAGCCGCGUGAAGCCAAGCGGGCCUGCCAAGAGAGCGCCUGGUGCCUCUUCGGUCUUAGGCUGAGUCCCAGCCCCACUUGCAGAGGGUGAUCUCAGGGAGUUCACUGGACACGCGGUGGGGCUGCCCCCAGGACCCCUCCUGUGUAGGAAGUCCACCUGGUGCUGGGAUCCCCUGGGAGAAACUUUCCACCAGAGGAAGGUCUGCGAUUUGGAGUUCCCCUGGGUUUACUGUGACUUAUGGAUGAAUAUCCUCUCAGAAAAUGGAGCCUGGCUUGGCUGUGUGCUACAGGAGAGUCAGCUAGGGAAGGAUGGGUUUUCCAGGAGAAGAAGGGGGAGCUUUCAACCCUGGGGCUGAACUUUAGCAACUCCCCUUUCUCUCUGCCCUACUUCCAAGGUCCUGGGAGACGGGGAGUGCCCCUGGGGGAGUGCCCCUGGUGCAGGCCGGGCAGGAGAGGAGAGGCCGUCUGAUGUGUGCCAGGCUCUGCGCGCCUCUUCAGCUGGAGCAAAGGACCUUGGGAGCUUUGGGGAGCCCCCUCCCACCCCCCGGGCUCACACACUCCUGUUGACUCUGCGGAUCUCUGCAGUUCUCAGGCAACCCUCCGUGGUGCCCAGCAGAGGCCUUCCUCACACCCAUUCCCAGGAGCCCACUUGGAGGAGGGAGCGUGGCUGCCUUCUGGCUUUGGUGCUGGAGCACAGCCAGGGGCCUCCAGUGAAGGAGGAGGAGGAGGAGGAGGAGGAAGCUUCUCCUCGGCUGGAGCUGGGAGCUUUGCUGGAGCUGGGUGCGGCCAAAGCGGCCGAGCCGGUUCAGCAGGGCGAGGCAGAGGCUUCUGCUGUCAUGGCUCGCCGGUCGCAAAGCUCCUCCCAAGGGGACAACCCUCUGGAUCCCAAUUACCUGCCGCCCCACUACAAGGAGUACUACCGCCUGGCGCUGGACUUGCUGGCGGAGAAAGGCAAGGAGAGCUACCACCGGUUCCUGGUGGAGGAGGCGGCCCCGGACUUCCUCUGCCCCUCAGAGGUUGAGCACAUCACUCAGCACCUGCAGAAGCCGCAGUGCACCUCUCAGGAGGGAGGUGGCAGCACGGACUCCAGCCCUCCAGAUGCAGACAUGGACGGUUCCUCGGGCACUUACUGGCCAAUGAACUCUGACCUGGCCGUUCCAGAGCUGGAUCUUGGCUGGCCAAUGGUCUUUGGGUUCCGGGGAACGGAAGUGACUACUUUGGUUCAGCCUCCACCCCCGGAUAAUCCCAGCAUCAAGGAGGAGGCGCGCCGAAUGAUUCGAGCUGCACAGCAGGUGGUUGCUAUCGUCAUGGAUGUUUUCACCGAUGUGGACCUCUUGAGUGAGGUACUGGAUGCGGCUGCACGCAGAGUUCCCGUGUAUAUCCUGCUCGACGAGAUGCACGCCCAGCUCUUCCUGGACAUGGCUGCCAAAUGCAGAGUGAACCUCAACUUUGUGGAAUUCCUACGCGUGCGGACAGUUUCUGGCCCCACCUACUAUUGCCGCACGGGGAUGUCAUUCAAGGGUCACGUGAAGGAGAAGUUCUUGCUGGUGGACUGCAUGGUGGUGCUGAGUGGCAGCUAUAGCUUCAUGUGGUCCUUUGAGAAGAUCCACCGGAGCAUCGCUCAUAUCUUCCAGGGUGAGCUUGUGGCCAGCUUCGAUGAGGAAUUCCGCAUUCUUUUCGCCCAGUCAGACCCGCUGGUUCCUCCGUCCAACGUUUUAGUGAGGACAGAGGCUCCGGUGGGGCCCUACAGCAUGGCCUCCUUUGCCAACAACAUGCCCUUCUUUCCAAAGAAGCCUCCCCUGCUUUUCCCCCGAGAGGACAACCUUUUCUCACCUUUUAUGGAUCGGAUUGACCCAGACAGGUAUUUCCUGUCUUCUUUUAGGAAAGACGACAUGCUGCGUCAUACUUUAGAGGGCUCGGCCAUGCGAAUGUACUCCAAAAAAAUGGAAAUGGAGAACUGCCAGGCGGACCCUGUCCGGGGCUACCUCCGUUCCAAGCAGCUGGAAAUGGACUCCUUUAAAAGACACAGCUUUGCCGAAGGCACCUUUGAGAAUUUUCAGUCCACAAAGCAGUUUUCUAAGCAGUUGUACAUGAACAACUUGGACGAAUUUAAAAUUCAGUCCAGUCAUUUUCAAAAAGAUCAGUUUUAUCAAUAUCAAUUUGAACAUCCCCAUGGAGCUAACAGGCCCCAGGGGCUUUUUGAAAGAAUCCGGGGAGGCAGAGUAGGAUUCAAUGAACCAGAAGAUUAUGCAGAUGGAUUUAGGUGUCCAGAACUGGAAUCCAAUUUCCCCCAAGACGGGUAUCCAUUGAGGCUGGAUUAUGUGCCUUCCAAUUCUUCUAAAGAAGUGCGACACGGCUCUGAUCACCUGAAUCCAGGAGGGAACGAUCUCCUCGGUCUUCCGUCUCUAAGAAGGCAAAACAUGGGGCAGAAGUUUAUGUGCCAGACGUCUCCCACACAGAAGCAGAGCAUUGAACAGAGGCUUUUUCUGCACGACCAAGGCCAAGACGUAGAGCAAGACAAGAAGGUUCAGGAGAACAGGGCAGGGUUACGCAACUGGAGAAUUUCCUCCUACCUUAGCGGGUGUCAGUCUGACCCGGGAGAGGAAGGCCUUCCGAUGCCCGUGGAGUCGGAGACGCAUAACGAGGUACUUUGUCCUCCAGAACCCCUUACUAGAUAUCCCAGUGACCUCCUCACCACUUUCAAACCUCCGCUUCCAAAUGCCAAAGACAUUUCUGGAACUGAGAGAUUGCCAGAAGAAACCUCGGUGGUGAAACAGGAUCCCUUCCGGAGCAGGAUAAAUCCCUUGAUCCAGAGGAGUUCGCGACUUCGAUCUUCUCUUAUUUUUAGUGCUGCCAAAUUAGACCAGCAAAACUCAUCCACUGAGAAAGUCCAAAUGGUGCAAAAAGAGCAGACCUCCACCGAAAUGACCAGGGACGCUGAAACCAUUAAAGCCACCUCUGUCUCUAAAGUGGCCGAGUUGCUGGAAAAGUACAAGUCGGUGGGGAAAGACUCACAAAGCGCCACCCUCAGCCACACCAAGGCUAUGUCUGCGUUUCUCCAGGAAGAAUCCCAGAAUGCAGAAAAAAAGUGCACGAAGUCAGUGCAGUACAAGAUUCUGGAGAGCCGGAUGCUGGACUCCAAGGACUCCUUCAGCCCUUAUAAGCUGCACCUGGAGUCGGAGGAGCAGUUUGGAGGGUCUGCCUCAGCGAACGACGUGCUUAGCAAGGACCCCACGGUCCACGGGAGCAAUAUGACGGACAAGCUUGCUUCUCGGUUCUACCCAACAGACCCACCCAGUCUUCCAGAGAAGGAGAGCCUAAUAUUUGUGGGAGAAACUCAGAAACGUGCCGUGGCAGACAGGAAGGAAAACGUCUCUUUCAAAGGAGGAGAUGGACCUGAAAGCGAAGACCACAAGCCAGCACAGGCCCCGCUCAGCACCGUCUCCUCCAAGGGCUCUGACAGCUCUCUCAGUAAGCCCGAGGAAGAAAGUUGCAAGCAGGAACAGAGCCCAAGGGAGUUUUUUAGGAAGGGGUCUCUCAAGCUAAAGCAGUUGCUAAAUCCCAAAGCUGAGAAAAAAACAGAGGAAGAAGCAGGCCUGGAGAGCUGGAAGCCCGAUAAGUUGAGCACAGGAGCCCUCAAGCGAAUGUCCCGGAGCGACUCUCAGGAGAUCAUAGAAGAGGAGAAAUCUCCCAAACUGGCUGCACCGGUGCCCGUCGUCAGGGCGAACCCAGCACCUCAACCUCGGCUGCCCUCCUCCUCGGCCAACGUCCUCUACAGCAGCAACCUCCGAGACGACACGAAAGUCAUUCUGGAGCAGAUUUCGGCCAACAGCCAGAAGAACCGGGCAGAGCUGGCCAGGCAGCUUCCAGCGGCUAGUAAUCCUGACCUGUCCAGGUCCGCCACAAGUUUAGACCGCAAAGGGGACGAGAGGAACACGGGGAUUAACAGAUCAGAAAGCUUUGGGAGCCAUAAGCGGGGCCCACAGAGGGAGCCUUCGGAGGACCGGGAUUCUCUUCUGAAGAGGAUGGAGAGCAUGAGGAAGGAGAAGCGUGUCUACAGCCGCUUUGAGGUUUUCUGCAAGAAAGAGGAGCAAAGCGAGGAGGAAUGCGAGACGGAUGCCAAAGACAAGAAGAUGGGGAAGUUCAUGCCAAAACUCCUGGGCUCCUUCAAAACCAAAAAGUGACUGAGGAGGCUUCUAGGGAUGGCCCUGCCUGAGACCAAGGUUUGUGGCAGGCCUUCCUUGGCAGACCUUCCAUUUCCAAGCCCGUUCUAGCAGCAGGACAGCUGGGCUGGGGCUGGGGGAGUGGGGAAAGUGGGGCACCAAGCAGGAUUAAAUGACCAUUGGGGGAGCUAAGAGGCCAGCAUCCCACUAGAGGUUAACUUUCUUUGGAGGGGCUCAAGAUUAGUCCCACACCUAGGAACUCCCUCAAGAGAGGGGAGAAAAACACAACAAUAUGAAUGAAGAGGCAGCAGUUGGCAACACAGCUGCUUUGGGGGCAAGUUCCAUUCUUAGGGGCCCAGCUGUGGGCAACCAUCCCGGGCCACUGCCUGUGAACGUUUCCCCCCUGCAGCAGCCCUUCCUCCUUCAGGGCCCACCAUUUUACUGGACAUUUUCUUUGUGGGGACAAGUCCAUUUGUGGUGGGGCUGGGGAGAGGCAGGGCUAAGGAAUCCACAAGGGGAGGUGGAGUCAACACAGAAAAACAUAGAGGUCAUUGCUCCAAUUCAUUAGAACGGUGCUUCCCAAAACUGGGUAAAUUAUCCCAAAUUGGGUAAAAGUGAUUUUUCUUUGGGUAACGGCACACAACCCCAUUACCCAAUCGCAACAGAGUCUUUUAAAUUGACUUAAAGUGGUUUUCCUACAUUGGGUAAAAAUGACUUUCGGAUGGGAGGUUUUUGAGUAAUGAAGGAAAAAGUUUGGGAAGCCUUGCAGGAGAAUCUUUUUGCUAGAUGACCUUCUUGCUGGAAGACCUCCAGUAAAUUUGCCUCACAGGCCAGCCUGACCUCCUCCUUGUUCUUUGAGCAUCCUGGUUCUGGUCCUGCCCUCUGAGAGCCCUUCGGAUGUGGGAAGACCGACCUCGUGUCUCCCUGCUGUAGGUUAAGCAUAUCCAGCUCUCCCACCGUCUCUCCUAGAGCUCUGGCAGCCUUUUGAAUGACGCAGGCCAUGGUGGGAUACAGGCCUCCAGGUGGGGAUUGACGAAGGCAGGGUAGAGUGUUUACUUCUUGGGAUUUGGAUUUUUAUGUUGCUGCAAAUGCACCCAGGAUAGCAUUUGCCUAUUUAGCAGCUGCUCAUGUAUAGUUGAUGAGAACACCAGGAUCCCCUUCACAUGCACUAUUAUCAAGUCAUGCUUAUGCCAUCCUGGAAUAGUGCCUUACAUGUUUCCCACCAAGAUGCAGAAUUUAGCGAUUCUGUCAUUCUAAACUCUUCAUUUCAGCUCACUGUUCAGGCUGCUCUAGAUCUUUUCAAAUCUUCUCUCUUGUCAGGAAACUGACAAGAGAAAACUUUCCAAGUUUUCUCCCCACGCAAUUCCCUCCUCCAAGCCCUUGAUAAAAUGAGCUCUGUGCCUCCCCCCCCCCUCCCCCCCGAGCGUUACGGCUGGAUGAAACUACUGUAAAAUGGACUCACCAUUGGCUGAAUGAUUGUACCCCCAAAAAGUGAUUUCUAAUGGCUGCUCUUCAGCUUGGAAGGAAGUCUCUAGUGAAGAGUGUCUAGAAACACUCUAAGAAUUUGUUGAGAUACAGGUUUAUGAUGUUUAAAAGAUUCCCUUCAUCUACUAAGCUAGUAACUCUCUCCAGGAUUAUAGUCUGGGAUAAUUUCUGUGUGAAACACCCCCCACACCCCCGCUGGCUCUUCUUAACUGUUGUAUUUCUUUCUCAAGUGCACACAAAUAGUCUGUUUGAAGACAAUGCCCAGAAGAGGUCAAAGGUACAGAUCAGUAGUUUCUCAAGUCCUUCUCUUUCCCUUUUUGAAGGUGGAAUUUAAUAAUAGAAUAAGAGUUGGAAGAGACCUUGGAAGUCUUCUAGUCCACCUUACCAAACAGGUGAACCUAUACCAUUCUAUCCAAUCUCUUUUUAAAAACCUCCAGUGAUAGAACACCCACAGCGUCAGAGACAAGCUGUUCCACUGAGUAAUUGUUCUCAUUGGCAGGAAAUUUAUCGUUAAGAUUUGAUUUUCCCCAGUCUUCUCCAACCUCUCCGGUCUUCCAGAAGUUCUCAGAGGUUACCAAGAAUAUUCUGCAAUCACCCUCAACACCCAAGAUUGUAAUCCGUGUGGCUCUGGAGCAUUCAAAAUAAUCUAAUUUCUCUCUUGUCCUCAUCUGUUGGGGUUAGGGUUAGGCAACCAGAACCACCGGUGUGUAGGCCCAAAUGGAUAUUAUAUUGUCGAUUACGGUACCUAUUAUUACAAGAAUCCUGCCAGACUGUCUGUCUUCCCUUGGGAAACCGCUGGUGUCACCCCAAACAGACUCUAAACUGGAUUGUCUCUUUAUUCCCUGAGAAAGACGGCUUCAGCUGAUGGUUCCACCACAUUUGUCCCGAAAUGCAGUUUCCUCAUAACCGUAGCACCAUUUUUAUUCUGGGGGAAGAUGCAAAGUAAGAUGCUGCCUUUGCACCCAUCAGCCUUAAGCGGUUUCUUCUUACGAUGGGCCUACAAUCUGUUGGGCUUUAUUUUUUGACACAUUUGUUGUUCCUCUUUCCAUGUUCUGUAUACAUCUCUUUUUCUCUUCAGCAUUUGAAAGAACUCCCAUAUCCUUGCUGGCUUCCUCAAAUUCCCCCCACCCAGCACCCACCUUAUUUUUCUUUUGUUGGGUUAUUUCUGAUAGUCCGUUACAGGAUUUCUUAGAAUUCUUCUCAUCCUUCUCGGAUUGUUUCCUCCUUCAGGAUUUCAAGUGAUUGGAUCUCACCUAACUUCCCUUGGAAUUUAGAUAAUUCAUUCCAAAAGUUUCUCUCUUCAGUUCCCUUUCCAGAUAUCUCAAAGACAACAUAACUCAAAGAUAACAUAACUUUGCCUAAAGUGUCAGUUAUCUUCACUUCUUUCCUGUGGCUGCUGCAAGAUCCCCCUCCACCUUCCUUCCUGGGGGGGUGGGGGGGGGGGGAACGACACGGGCACAUUCCCAGUGAGCUCUGGUACGGAGACCAGAGAGUGCAUUGUGUUCUUUCUCCUCAGAUUAAGGGCUAGGCUGAAAUGAACAGAGCCCUGUAAAGAAAUGUUAAGGGACAUUUAUUUAAUUACGUUGUCUUGCUUGGCCUUGCUAGGCUGGAAGGGAUAAGAAGCAUGGCUGCCACUUGUAGUUCAUGGGCUUGCUGAUUGUGGUAGAAGCAGUGAAUUGGCCAGAAUUGGGCCUCCUGUGCCUAGUCUUGGCACGUGACUAGGAAUACCUGAGAGUCUCCAAAAAGGGAUGGAAAAACUCCUGGAGGUGAUCAAGGUAAACAGCUGUGAAUUUGAUUCAUGUAAGUGACAUCCCACAUGGUAUUAGCAAGACCCACAAAGGACGUUAGCCGGCAGCUUAGUGAAGCCAUUAAAAUCUUAAAUAGGGAAUCCUUUAUUCAUUUUCACCUUUCUCUAUUCCUUUGUGACUUAGCACCCAGUUUUUAAGUGUGUGGUUCAAUUUAUUGUUCCCAACCAGAAGACUGGUUAAUUUAGUCUUCAAAUGAGGCAUUUCAUGUGAACAGCAUCCUCACCUUCCUAAAAUAUCUUCCUUGAUGGGAAGCAACCUAAAUGAUUGCUGUUUCUUCCUCGUUGUCCGCCCCCAUCUCUCUUUCCCUCCCUCCCUCCUUCCCCCAUCUCUCCCUCCCUCCCUCCCUCCUUCCUUCCCUCCCUUCCCCCCCCCCUCUCACACACACACCCCAACUGGUCUGGUAAAUGGUAUACUAAUCUUUGUUGCUCCACUUCAAUACUAGGUCAAAGAAGGUACGACAAAUUCAUUGAGGAUCUCAACUCAUUGAGAACUUAUGCAGAUGCUGUACUACCUCUAUGAGCAAAACCACUUGCUCCCAUAGCCAGCCAUUGAAGGCCAAGCUCUAGAUCUUCCUGGAAAUGCUGUUCAGCAGUGGAACCACUUGCCUAGAUCUCCCCCUUCCUGGAGGCUUCCAAAUGGGGCUGGUUGGCCACCUCUCUGGAAUGAUUUGGAGGGUUUCUUCCUAAGGUCUCUCAAUGCACGCAUUCUGUGACCUUUUGUCGGACUUUCCAAAAACAUCAGUUGACUUUCAUGGACAGGAUGCUGGACCUUUGCUGCAACCUAUUUCAGGGCUCCUUGGGUAGUCUCAGGAGUCUAGUGCUGAUUAUUAGUUGGGAUUCUUCAGGUAACUUAGACUAAAUUACCACUUUAUAAGUACUUUAUAAGUACUUAGAGAAAAUGAAGGGUUUUGGCCAAGGGGCUGACACCCGAAGACAAGUUACCCGAAGACUUCCCUUGCUCAGGCCAUUGUUUCAAGAGCCAGCCUUCUUCCUCCUGAUUAUGUUCAAUUGGGCAGUACUUAAAUCUUUGAAAAAGGGCCGGCAGAAUCUAAAAGUAUUUGGGAAGAAAAGAGAGCUCAUUGGGGACGGGGACAAAUGGGUUUAUCAGUUGUCUAGAGGGCUGAUAAUUCUGCUUAAAGCAGUUAUAAAUUCUGUGACUGGAAUAAACUAUGCAAAUGUACAUA